AUGUCCGGUGUCGAGGCAAUUAUCGGUUUAGUGGCUGGUGGAGCAGGUUUUGUCUCGUUGGCCUUUCAACUGAUGGAGAGCACGACAAAGCUGAAACGCAUCUACCACGCUGCACAAGAUGCACCGACUACCCUGUCAAGGCUGACGUUCGACUUGGAGACAAUGGCUAUGGCCCUACGUCAACUCGACCAGCAUCGCCAAGCAGGUACUCCCACUGAAACUCUCCUUGCACGCUGCAUUAUAGCGUGCGAACGUGCUACAACCCAAAUUAAAGAGCUGGUCGACAAGCUGGAAACUUGUCUAGCAGGGCACAAAAAGAUACGCGGCAAGCUGUACACGGCCUUCAAACAACACGAUGUCCGAGAGCUCCUAGACAACUUGGAGAACGCGAAAAGCUCACUUCACAUUGCAUACACGAUGCACUUGGCUGAAGAACAAAAGCUGCGCGACCUUACGCACAGCAAUGUGGUGGCGCUCCAGAGUGCUAUGAUUUGCGACCUGCAAACUCAAAUGCAGAUGCAAACUGCGAGUCUUUCAGAUCAGUUAACGUUGGUCGCUCAAGCACCCUGUCUUUCGCACCACCAACACGGCAACGCAAAGACACAAAGACCACUGGCUUCCCAUUUGCGUGGAUUAGCUCCUAUUCCAGAGGACAAAAAGGAUUCGCUUGUGAAUGAUCGGACCAACACACGCAAUCCCCCACGGAAAAGUGCCAGGACAAAAAGCAGCAAGUCGCGCUUCAGGGUGACAUACCAACUUCCCAACUGGAUUUCCCGCCGAACAUACGAUAUUGCCUUACUUCAACUGCAGUGCGGCUGGGAUGUGUUACUGCGGACAUAUAACGUCGUGCAUUAUGAUUCACUUAUCUUUGACUUUGUUGAAUACGGAAAUCUCGCAAGAGUUAGAGGACUCAUUGAAAGUGGAUAUGCGACACCACUAGAUGUUAGGCCCAAUUAUGGAGCAGGUCUGAUACGGAGCUUUGGACCUUGGCAAACAUUGCUUGAGGCUGCUGCAAGCUUUAAUCAGGUUGAUGUUUGUCGAUAUCUCCUCAACCAGGCCACUUGGCCGGACCAUGACACUGUUCUGAGCAGAAGCCUUGGUACUUUCAGCUAUCGGUACCAAAGAACGCCUUUGCGUGGCUCUUCUAACAUGUAUCGCCUGUUCAUGGCCGAACCAGAUUUUGACCCUGCCCUCGACAACGGUCUUCGGUACGGAUGGCUGCAAUUCUGCAGCUCAGCGGCGGCUAUGGAAACCAUACUACGCAGUCAAGCCUUUACGCUAGAGACGCGCCCUGUGCAAACCAGGUUUGAGCUAGCUUCAAGACUGGAGAAUACAGAUGCUGCCACUUUUCUCAAAUGUGUUGGUUUGGACUCCUCAGAUCCGAUCCUUACCGUCCUGCGUAACAGCAAGGGGAAGACCGUGCUCCAUGUUGUCGCACACCAUCUACAUCUAUACUCGGAAAGGCGGGAUGCAGCGCGGCGCUAUCAACUCAGUCGAGCUAUACAAGGAUGGUUUGACCUUGGAGUUAGUGUCUUGAAGAACGGGGCAAAUCCGUCCAGUCCUGCAGAACAGGAUGAAGAGUCAUGGCUGACCAGUACAGAUAUACUUGAGACAGACAAUGGACCUACCCCCCGACCUCCCGGUUGGUCUCCUGGGGCGGAGCUUUGCACCCCCUCCCUCGUGGCCCUAGGGUGGGAUGAUGUCCUCAUCACUCGAAGACACCUCAUAUUCUUCAAGCGCAAGGUGGAAAUUCUACAAAUGUGGGCCGAGAUGGUGCAAAGUGCAGGCCUUGGUCUGUGUCAUUAUGGCGCAAGUGAAAGUGAGGUUUGGAAGUCGAUUGUGCUUGACAGCCCAUGCUCUCUAUUCGACUCUCAGUCCGGUCACACGGCGUAUAAAGCGGAGCUACUGUAUGGCGCUACGCCAGAGGAAUGGAGUUUCAAGGUCGUCCAUGCUUGGUCAAUCGGCCUCUACAAGCUACAAGCGCCGCCGGGGGCCUUUCCAACACAGUCCGUUGUCCCAACCACAAUUGCAUGGUCGCCGGGGCCAUUGGAGUAUGAUGAGGGUCACUGGGCUCUUGUGGGUAGAAAGCAACACCGCUUCAACGCCGGAGAUGUCAGACACAUAAGUCCCUCUUCGGCAGAGCCCUUCAUCGACCUGGUACAGUCUUAUCAAGACGACGCUGGGGUCAUCACGCUCAUGCAAUACAGUGCCUCGUGGCAACGGAGUACCAGAACGAGGUCACACAGCCAACCUCCCAGUCUACGUCGGAGGGGGCCGCAUGCUUACUACACAUGGCGCGAAUCGAGGCAGGAGUGGUUGCCAGACUAUCAUUUUUGUCCUGGGAGUUCGUCUUGGAGGUUCGGCUGUGUCAGUGACGAAGACCGGGGUGGAGAGUACGUUGAUCUCCCCGUGCUUGGACAUAUUGUGGUGGACGUGAGGAGUUGUGUCAAGAGCGUCCAUACGGAGUGCUCGUCGGUCCAACAAUCGUACGACUGGCGCGAUUGGAGCUUUUUGGCGGGCCUCGCCGACUGCCAGGAUAACACCGCCCUUACUGGAAGAGAUAUGGACCAUCUCUAUGAAUGCCCCUGGCCAGAAGGCUGCAGGAACAUACAACUUGACCGAUUGAAUGUACCUGAAGACCUACGUAAGUAUCAUCCUUACCGCCGGCACUUCCCUGAUGGUGACGACGACGGCGAGAACGGCGGCUCUGUAGAAGGAUAA